CAACGACAACAAGUUUUGUAAUCCCCUUUCUCUCUCCUAUUAUUUCUCUCUCUAACUCUCACACAGCGAGCGAGCUUCAACCCCACUCGUUAAUGGCUGCCACCUCCAACUCCCUCCUCUCUCUCAACCCCUCCCCACAACAACCAACAAAAAUGGCGUUCCUCCAUUCUCACAGAUCCAUUUCCUUCCCCAGAUCUCCUUUCUCCGCUUCCAAAUUCCGCCACGGCUCCAAUCUCGCUGUCUCCUGUUCUUUCAACGAAUCCGACAGCGGACGUCCAGAGAUUCCCAUCGAAAAGCAAUUCCCGGCGUUUCCGACGGUUUUGGACAUUAACCAAAUACGAGAAAUCUUGCCUCACAGGUUUCCGUUUCUUUUAGUGGAUAGAGUGAUUGAGUACAAUCCUGGGGUUUCAGCAGUUGGAAUUAAGAAUGUGACAAUAAAUGAUAAUUUCUUUCCUGGGCAUUUUCCCGAGAGGCCUAUUAUGCCUGGUGUUCUUAUGGUUGAGGCAAUGGCACAGGUUGGAGGCUUGGUUAUGCUGCAACCUGAAGUUGGAGGCUCUCGCGAGAAUUUCUUCUUUGCUGGAAUCGACAAAGUGAGAUUUCGAAAGCCUGUGAUUGCAGGAGACACUUUGGUUAUGAGAAUGACACUCGUGAAGUUACAAAAGCGGUUUGGAAUAGCUAAGAUGGAGGGAAAAGCAUAUGUUGGAGGAGAGGUAGUUUGUGAGGGUGAAUUCUUGAUGGCUACUGGAAGUGAGUGAAGAGCUUAUUAUAUUUAUCUCAUCUUUGUAUGUGUUUCUUUCCUUUCCUUUCCCUCCUUUUUUUCCUUUUAUAUUGUCAAUUUUAUUUUGAGAUUGACAUGACUAGUUUAGUGAUUUUGAAGGAGGUGGGUUUUGUGUUGAGGAAUUUACAUGACGGAAUUUGUAAUUUAGAGAGAUCAAUGCUGGAAUUCACACCUUAAGCAAUUUGCCAACCUUUUAUUAUUCAUAGUGACCCAUCUGGUCUCUAUUUUUUUUUUUAUUUAAAUAUAAAUAUUUCA